GGGCACGAAAUGAAUAAAAUGAUGGUGUCUCGUCCCGGUCUCGCCAAACCCGCCGUGCCGCGCGGCCGCUGACGCGGCGGGCCAUGGCGGCAGUGGGGAUCCACGUCCAGCGGCACGUCGCCGGCCGACACCCCGAGUGCCCCUUCCCCAUGCACCCGUUUGCUGUCUGCCGCUCCCAAAUCCCUCUUUACUGCCAAUAAAUUCACUCGCUGCUCUCGAUGUAUUAAAACCCCCGGCGCACGUGAUCGCUGCUGCCGCCGGGGAGGGAGGGGAGAGAUAGCCGUUGGCGUCGCAGGCAGGCAGGGUACGGCCCUGCUGCUGCACUGAAUGGCAUAGAGAUUGGAUUCUUUCCGGCCCUGCCCCUGGCCCGCACGCACCGUAGCGCCGGUCUGCCCCUCAGGCUGCACCGUAGCCGUAGGACUAGGAGGAGUACGAGCUGAUUUAAAUUAGUCUUGGUCGCUGCCGUGGCAGCGGCAGGAGCACGACGAGCUAGCCGUUGGUUAGCGCAUCGCAUCUGGAUGCUUGAAUCCCUUCUGUUAAUUAUAUUCCCUCCUCUCACCGGCCGCUUUGCAUAUAUAGAGUCCAGCACUAUUGCUUUUCCUACCGCAGCAUCAACUCGUCAAAAACAGCGCCUAGCUAGCGAGCUACUAGGUACGAGGAUACAGAUAGUGCAGCUGCAUUGCAUUGCAUUGCGUUUCUUUUGGAUUAGAUCCUAGAGCUAGUAGUGCUAGAGCUUGCGUAGCUAGCUGUUAGUCCCAAUGGGUGUGUGGAGGAGCAACCGGUGCAGUGUUGGGUCAAGAGGCGACAUGCUCGCGCUGUCGCUGCUGGUCCUCCUGCUGCACGCGGCGUUGCCGGCGCGCGGGCAGGCGUCGUCGUCGUGGGACGGCGUGAUGAUCGCGCAGGCGGACCUGCAGGGGCUGCAGGCCAUCCGGCAGGCGCUGGUCGACCCGCGGGGGUUCCUGCGCGGCUGGAACGGCACGGGCCUCGGCGCCUGCUCCGGGGAGUGGGCCGGCGUCAAGUGCGCGCGCGGCAAGGUCGUCGCGCUGCAGCUGCCCUUCAAGGCCCUCGCCGGCGCGCUCUCCGACAAGGUCGGCCAGCUCACCGCGCUGCGCAAGCUCAGCAUGCACGACAACGCGCUCGGCGGCCAGGUGCCGGCCGCCAUCGGCUUCCUCCGCGACCUCCGCGGCCUCUACCUCUUCAACAACCGCUUCGCCGGCGCCGUGCCGCCGGCGCUCGGCGGGUGCGCCUUCCUCCAGACGCUCGACCUCAGCGGCAACUCGCUCUCCGGGACCAUCCCUUCCUCUCUCGCCAAUGCAACCAGGCUCUACAGGCUCGACCUCGCGCACAACAACCUCUCCGGUGCUGUGCCGGCCAGUCUCACCUCUCUCCGUUUCCUCGAGUCCCUUAGCCUCAACAAUAACAAUCUCAGCGGAGAGAUGCCAUCCACCAUUGGUAAUCUCCGGAUGCUCCGUGAUCUGUCUCUAAGCAGCAAUCUGAUCAGUGGCAGCAUCCCUGAUGGGAUUGGGAACCUCUCAAGGCUCCAAUUUCUGGACCUUUCUGACAAUCUGUUAGGUGGUACCCUCCCUGCCUCACUCUGCAACGUUACCUCGUUGGUAGAGAUCAAGCUCGAUGGCAAUAGCAUUGGUGGUCACAUUCCUGAAGCCAUUGACGGGCUCAAGAACCUAACCAAUCUGUCCCUGAGGAGUAAUGCCCUCGUCGGGGAAAUUCCGGCGGCGACCGGGAACCUCUCAAGGCUGUCGUUGCUCGACGUCUCCGAGAACAACCUCACAGGAGGGAUUCCAGAGUCCCUGAGCAGCCUUGCCAACCUCAACUCUUUCAACGUGUCUUACAACAACCUCUCAGGCCCUGUGCCUAUGGUUCUUUCCAACAGGUUCAAUUCCAGCUCCUUCGUAGGAAACCUUCAGCUCUGUGGGUUCAAUGGCUCGGACAUUUGCACCUCCGCUUCUUCUCCGGCGACCAUGGCGUCUCCACCGCUCCCUUUGUCGCAGCGGCCGACCCGGCGGCUCAACAGAAAGGAGCUCAUCAUUGCAGUCGGAGGCAUCUGCUUGCUCUUCGGUCUCCUGUUCUGCUGCGUCUUCAUCUUCUGGAGGAAAGAUAAGAAGGACAGCGCGCCUUCCCAGAAGGGCACCAAGGGCACGGCAACCAAGGAUGCCGGGAAGCCUGGCACGGUCGCUGGCAAGGGAAGUGACGCCGGCGGGGACGGCGGUGGCAAGCUAGUCCACUUCGACGGCCCCCUCUCGUUCACGGCGGAUGACCUGCUUUGCGCCACCGCGGAGAUCCUGGGGAAGAGCACGUACGGGACGGUGUACAAGGCGACCAUGGAGGACGGCAGCUACGUGGCGGUGAAGCGGCUCCGGGAGAAGAUCGCCAAGAGCAGCAAGGAGUUCGAGGUGGAGGUGAACGCGCUCGGCAAGCUCCGGCACCCCAACCUCCUCUCCCUCAGGGCCUACUACCAUGGGCCUAAGGGCGAGAAGCUCCUUGUGUUCGACUUCAUGACCAAAGGCAACCUCGCCUCUUUCCUCCAUGCUCGCGCGCCGGACAGCCCACCAGUGAGCUGGCCGACGAGGAUGAACAUCGCCGUGGGCGUGGCGCGGGGGCUGCACCACCUGCACACCGAUGCAAGCAUGGUGCACGGCAACCUGACGAGCAGCAACAUCCUCCUGGACGAGGACAACAACGCCAAGAUCGCCGACUGCGGCCUGCCGCGCCUCAUGAGCGCCGCGGCCAACAACAACGUGGUCGCCGCGGCGGGCGCGCUCGGCUACCGCGCGCCCGAGCUCUCCAAGCUGAAGAAGGCCAACACCAAGACCGACAUCUACAGCCUGGGCAUGAUCAUGCUCGAGCUCCUCACCGGCAAGUCGCCAGGGGACACGACCAACGGGCUCGACCUGCCGCAGUGGGUGGCCUCCGUCGUCGAGGAGGAGUGGACCAACGAGGUGUUCGACCUUGAGCUCAUGAAGGACGCGGCCACGGGCUCGGAGACUGGCGAGGAGCUCGUGAAGACGCUAAAGCUCGCAUUGCAUUGUGUCGAUCCUUCGCCCGUGGCACGGCCCGAGGCGCAGCAGGUACUGCGGCAGCUCGAGCAGAUCAGGCCCUCGAUCGCGAUCUCCGCUACCUCGUCCUUCACCGGCGAGCCAAGCCAUACUACUGCGACCGCCACUACCAUCACCGAUGACACAAGAUCCACCACCACAGAGUAGUCAGCCUCUUGCAGACUGAAAGAAAAUUCCAGCUCUUAGUUACUUCAGACUAUUAAUAAGUAGACUCCAGAGUCUAUUUUUCAGUCUGUAUAUAGAGUUCUUAGAGGGCAGCAGAAUUUUGGUACCCGUGUCAUUCUUUCAUUCCUAAAUUCAUUUGUAUCUGGCAGAAGCACUCCUUGUUAUCAGAAGAUGAUUCGGGAGUGCUGGCCUUUUUUACACUUUCAAUGAACCUUAGUGCUUCAGUA